GCUGUGUGGCUGCAUCAGCGCACGGUUGCAACGCGACAGUUCGCAGAGCCGUUUUUUCCUCCCGUUAUUAUCACAGUGGGUCUAACGUACGCGCCACAAUGGAGACCAAACCGGUCAUCACCUGCCUGAAAACCCUCCUCAUCGUCUACUCCUUUGUCUUCUGGAUAACAGGAGCCAUCCUUCUGGCAGUGGGAGUAUGGGGGAAGUUGAUGCUGGGCCCGUAUAUCUCUCUGAUAGCCGACAACUCCACCAACGCCCCGUACGUCCUCAUCGGCACUGGGACUGUCAUCAUCGUGUUCGGCCUGUUUGGAUGCUUCGCCACUUGCAGAGGGAGCCCAUGGAUGCUGAAGCUGUAUGCCAUGUUCCUGUCGCUCGUCUUCCUCGCUGAGUUAGUUGCUGGGAUCUCUGGAUUUGUGUUUCGUCAUGAGAUAAAGGGAACCUUUCGCAGGACGUACACCGACGCAGUCCUGAACUACAACGCCGAGGAUGAAGCGAGCCGUGCCGUUGAUAACCUGCAGCACAGGCUGCGUUGCUGUGGAGUGUAUAACUACACCAGUUGGUUCGGCAGUGUGUAUUACCCAUCCAACGGCAUUCCUGCCAGCUGCUGCUUCAACGCCUCCGACUGCAACCCAGACGACCUCCGCAAUACGACUCUAGCCCCGAGCAAGGUCUACCACCAGGGCUGCUACGAGCUGGUCACUUCAUUCAUGGAGACCAACAUGGCCAUUAUCGCAGGAGUGACGUUUGGGAUCGCCUUCUCACAGCUGAUUGGCAUGUUGCUGGCCUGCUGUCUGUCCAGGAUCAUCACAGCCAAUCAGUACGAGAUGGUUUAGCUGAUGUGACGUGGCAGGGAGAUGAAGAGAAGAAGAAACAAAGAGCCUUGACACAUGACGAGUAAAUUCCCAAAACACUAUCACACGCCUGAAUUGGAAUUUACCUCCCUCCGUCUCUCUGCCUGUGAUCUUAAUGUAAUAUCUUAAUGUAUCUUACUGUAAAGCACCAUUCCACGACUCACUGCUGUUGCAUCAAAGCGUUCUAUACCACACAUCCCACCGCUGCUUGAUGUAGAAGUUGCUCAUUGGCACAUAUCUCGGAUCAGUACAGCCUGCACGGAGCGGGUAGACCAGAGUUGUCAGCGGUGUUGGUCUCAGAUAGGUCAUUGGGUGAAACUUAGCUUCUCAGUUGGCUGCAGCAUGCUCCACUGACCGUCAUCAGAAGACCACUGCACACCUUUGUACAGAAUGACAUUACUAAAGCUUGAAAGUAAUACUUUAUUAGAUAGGUUUAGUUUUGCAUUUGACUUUGCUAUUGCUCACCAUUGUAUAUUCCUAUGGUUGUGACAUUUUGUGAGCUGAUAAUGUGAGCUGGAGACUGAGGAGGAUGUUUUAAGUUUCUAGGAAAAACGAGGAAGCUAACAAAGGAGAGAAAAGUUGUAUUUUUACCUGUAGAUGAGGCACUAUAUUUUUUUGACCCAAUCAUUUGCCUCGAUAGCAGAUUAUGAGAUAAAUUAGAUGUUAAAAUUGUAAUUUACUUUACUGUCAAACUCUCUGAGUAACUUAAAAUAGCGCUAAAAUAAGUGCCCUAAUUUAACUAAAUCAAUCGUUGUGGGGAAACAGUAUUGUUACAGUAUUUCUAGCAAGUUCAGUUUAUACAGAAGACGGAGGUUUAACAUCAUCUCCUGUCUCAUAAGUGUCUGCAUGCCCAUUUUGUGAAGCAGUUUAUGCUCCGUGAGAGGAGGGAAAAUAAAAACAGAUGAUGCAACACUGCUAAUAUAGUACAAUAGUUUCCUUAGUGUUGGCACUGUCGUGCCACUGUUGUUUCCCUAAAGCUCAGUCCUGGUAAUAUACUCGUUAAGAUGUCUUGUUAUUGGUCCCAGAUUUGCUCGUUAAAGCUCAGCAAAGUUGAACUCAAUGCAGAUUUACUAAAUGGGCUUUCACAUCAGGGACCCAGGCCUGGGUACAGAUCAGUCGUUCCUAACAUGAAAAUGCCCUUAGUCUAACUUUGUGUAGUUUUCAUUGAAAUGAUUUGAUCUCACCACAAAAUCUAGUUUCACAUCCUGGUGUGACCCACACACUCAGUUAUCUUUAAAGGAGCUCUGUAUGUUAUUUAGAGCUUUAAUAAAGCAGCAAACAACUACUUGUUAAGAUGAUGGAGUAAUGGCACCCUAAGAAGAGAAUGAGGUCACUCUGCCUUUGUGUGUGUUGUAACCUGAGCUUCUCUGUCGUUUGUUGUGGUGGACGGUCCAAUGAUGUGAGUCCCUGCACUCCGCUUAUACGGUGGUUACCACUGAUAACAGUAUAGAGUCGUCAGCGAAGUAUAGUGCCAAGGCUGUGGUUCCCCCCAUGAUAACACUUUUACACUGCCUGUUCAAGGUGGGAAUGUCCCGCUGUUAUUUCUCCUCGCCAUUCUGUAUCGAAAGAAUGGGGGGACAGAGUUGUCUCACUAUUAAGCCGGCUGCAGAGGUAGUAACAGCGCCAAAUCAACAUCUGUGUGAAAGGGACAGCCGGCAGGGCAGGGCAGGUGUGACGUUCUGACAAUGUAUUAUGUGUGCGACCCACCACUUAAAGAUUUAGGAUGCAGCUAGCAGCAGUUAGCAGCUAACUCAAAGAAGAGGAACAGAAACUAAAAAUUAUGAAGACAGUGAGGUCCGGGAGCUCCUUUCCCUCCAAGCAGAGGACGAAAUCAGCUGCCACAUAACAGGGACGCUAAUUGAUUGUUACUGCCAUGUUAUGCCAUUCUUAAUUUUGAAAAAGCGCUGCCGGACGGAUAUGUUAUAUGUCACACAAGAGGCCGACGCUGUUGUGUUACAUGCCAGCACAGUAUCUGGAGCAGCAUUAUGCUGGCAUUGUUUGUUUCUGUGUAAAAAAAAUCAAAGUAGGCACAAUGAAGGGUCUUUGUUGCGGUUCUAUCGCAGAAUCUCUUUGUGAAAAGGGCUACAGUUAGCUCUGUCAGCACUGUUGCUAUUUUUAGUACUGCUUGCGCUAACUGCUAGCUGCUGGCUGAACCACCUCCAUCUUGAGAACCAUGUGUAGACCUCUGUAUCAUAGAUAUGCUCGGAAUAUCAUAUAGAGCUCCUUUAAGGUUCGUAUUCUACUAACAAUGUAGAUAUUACGAGGUGUCGUCAAAAGGGAAAAGUGUUUAUAGCUGUAUUGGAUGAAAAACACUGAGAGGGAUGAGAUGUUGUAAUCAUACAAACAGGGACAGCAGUUUCUGCCCAGAGGCAUUUAUAGUGUUAACGCCUGUUUGUCACAUGAAAAGUGAUGGAUUCUGUACUGGGAAUAUGCUCCUGAGACCUGAACUUUUGUUUGGUAUGCAUUUUUAAUUUCUUCUAGCUAUUUGGAGUCAAUAAGACCUGAUAAGUGUAAAAAACUAAAUAUUGUCAAACGAGUACUUCCUAAUUAACAGUGUCUUUGCUUGUUACUGUUGCUAAAAUUGGUAAAAUUUGUUGCCAUAUGAAGCUACAAACAUUAUUAAUCAUAAAUAAACAAGUCUCAACCAUAAAAUGUGAUCAAGUUCUGGACCUUGUCCACUUUUGUGUCGGGAUCGGCUGCAGACUGACUUGGCAGAGAUGGCAGCCAUCUUGUUUUUACAUGGAUUAGUGUAUUGUGCUCUUACUACCACUAAAUGGCACAAAAAAAGUGUCCACAAAUAAGGACAACAGGUCUAAAUUAGGUAGAAUGAAGCAUAAGGUCAAGUAAACCCAAAAUGUGAUGUCCUAAUAUGAGGACACAGGGUCUCAGGAGGAUAUUAAAGAAGUGAGAUUGAGAGACAAGGUUAAAUCCUGCCAACUUUCACACACCUCCACACACACCUGGGCAAUCUGUGUAAAAUCUGCUGCUUGGUAACCUAAAGGCACUUAAUUUUAAGCAUACUGACACUUAAGUCAUGUUUCAGUGCUUGUCUUUCUGGUUUAUGUAAAAGAAAUUGACUAAAGUCUGAAAUGUCAGGGCUUAUCUUCAAAGAGCAACUUAGCACCAGCUGAAAAUAUUGCUUUUUCUGGCCUCUGAUGGUUAAAGUUCUCACCUUGUUGCAGUGAUGUAGAGGUUUUCAACCAGAAGAGGUCAGUGAAACAAAGAUUUUCAGCCUGUUUGUUGAUAUCAAAUCAUAUCAGUUGUUUUCUCCUGGUGGACUAUAACGCCAGCUGUGUUAAAGUGAGAAAAGUCGCCGUUUGAGACGCGAAGGACUGCAACAGUUUUCAGCUAGUAUUUACAGUAUCCUAUGUAGUGCAUCAACACGCCAUCAUCAUGACCAUCAUCCUCAUCAUCACCUGUAGAUAUUUAUUGGAAAUGUAAUUUAUAUGAUGUAAUGUUUCUCAUUCUAAUAAGCUAAUCAGUAUAAAUGUUGUGUCACAGUUUUGAUUCCGCACUUUGUGCUGUUAACCUGUAUUUGUUUGAUAGUUUAUAGGAAACUCGCACUGGAAAAAUAAUUGUGGCCAAUGUUUCGUUGAGAGUAAUGUGUUUCAAUUUAGCUGUAUAUUUAUUAUGGUUUGGUUGGCAUUAAGUUUACACUUUCACCAAGUGAUUUUCUAUCUCUCUUUCAGUAUGUGUGUGUGAGUGCCUGUGUGGUUUAGUUUCUUUACUUGACCGUCUCCUUAACCUUGAGUGAGAGUGUGUGCGAGUGUAACCGAGAGAGCGUCUAGAUUUUGUGCACCCUGUUGUAUCCAACUUCGGUCAGUAUUUGGUUGUGGCUUUUCAAACCUUAUUGCUUUUAAAGCUGUACAUUUAUUUGGUGAAUGUAUGUUUUUUCCAACACUCUGAUACUUCUUGUUUUAUUUUUCCUUCCCCAAACUGAUAUUGUCCUGUAAAUACUAAAUUGUAAUACCAUCCUGCUUACACAUGGGGUCACCAGACACUCAAAAAGAAUUGCACCAUGCUGUCUACUAUUGACUAAAGUCACCAUCAGUGGUCUUAUUAUCAAUAAAUAUACAGA